UCAAUAUACACCAAAUUCCUUCUCUUUCUCCCUCUCUCUAAAAACCACUUGUUUUUUUUUUUUUUUCUUUUACUUAACCAACCCCAUUUGUUCAGAAACAACCCAUCAAAUAAUAACAACAGCUGCAACAACAUAAACUAACUUCAUCUCUUUCUCUGUUGUCCCUCUUCAAUGAUUCGUUUGUGUUGGUAACAGAAGGGAUGGAGAUAGAGCAAAAAGCUAAGGUGGAAGGGAAGAUACACAGUUUAGUUAGUUAUUAUUGUCAAUAUUAUAUCUGAUCGAUCGAUCAAGUUCAUGCAUAUUAUACGACAACAAACCAGUAGAAGGCCAAGAAUAAUACCCCAUUGUUUUUCAUUUUAAUGAUAAUUUAGAUGCCAUGGCUUAUCCACAUUACCGAUCACAGUUUGGUGACACGACGUUUACAAAGGUUUUUGUUGGGGGAUUAGCUUGGGAGACCCCCACUGAAGAAAUGAGUAGAUAUUUCGAGCAAUUUGGAGACAUUCUUGAAGCUGUUAUUAUCACUGAUAAGAACACGGCAAAAUCUAAAGGAUACGGAUUUGUGACUUUUCGUGAUCCGGAAUCGGCCAGGAAGGCUUGUGAGAACCCAAAUCCGGUGAUCGAUGGAAGAAGAGCUAAUUGUAAUAUUGCUUCAUUAGGACGGCCUAGACCUUCGCCACCUCGAGGAAUUAGAAAUCAAGGUGGCAACGUUUAUCAGGGAGCUGCGGCGUCAUAUGGUGGAGUGGCAGCACCAUUGCCUCCACCACCACCCCCUAUCAUUUGUCCACCUUAUGGGUACCCAACUUACACUCCGGAUUAUGGCUACCAUCAUCAAGCUCUCUAUAACCCACAACUUCAAGUUCAACACCCACAAUACUAUCACCAAAUGUACGGAACAAGUUCAACCACCAUGGGUUCGCCCUAUUAUUAUGGUUAUUCUUUGCAAUCUUCAAGGGGAACAUACUCUGCACCUCCACAGCCACAUCCUCAGCCGCAGCCUCAGCGAGUACCGCCUCUUUCCUAUCUUUACUAUCAGACUCCUCAAAUGGAAGCCAACUAUCCUCCUCCCCCGCCUCUUCAACUCCCAAGGCAUCCCUUCCCCUUUAAUUCUUCUGAUUCACAGACUCCACAGCAAACAUCUGCAGAAACAGAAGCCCGAGAGGUUACUUCAGAAAGUCCAAAUACCUAAGAACUUAAUCUGAUCGAGGGAAAAAGUUUCAAUUGUAAAAUCUUAAUAUGCUUAUGCUCUUCUUAUCACUCUAUAUCACUCCUAUACUCAACCAUUAAUAUAUUUUUUCUGUCCAAAGCUGUAACAUUUGGUGACUACAGCUUCAAGGGACUACUACUUGUGCUCUCCACAGUUACGGCAUGCAGCAAAAGAUGGACUAAUCACCAACCUUAUUCAGAAUUUUCUGUUUUUCGAAAAUUCUCCAAAUGAUUAUUAUUCUAUUAUUUCCCAAU